AUGUUGGUCAGAUUUGCCGAGCUCAAAGCAAUUCAGGACGUCAAUGAAGCAGAGGAUCAUUUCAAUGUGGCAAGAUCUCACAGUCAGAGCUUUGCCUUUGUGCAUAUUUCCCAUGCAAAGUUUGCGCUUUCUCAAGAAAACACAAAGAGGGCCAUUUAUAUUCUUCAAAGUGCCAUUGAAGUCGGUGCUAAACCAAAGGAGGUGCUUGAGGAUGAAUUGCAGAGGAUACAAACUGAGAAAAUGCAGCACUCAAAUCUGGAAGUCUUGUCAAGCACUGUUAAGAAAGGAUCAGACUUCAGUAAAUUUAGCCGAAUAUCAGAUGGUACAGGAGAAUUACAAAUGUCUAGUAAUUUGGGUGUGAGAACUGAAGCAUCCAUUGGGUCGGAUGAAAAAGUGCCUCUUUGGAGGUCUGCAUCUCAACGCAAGAGACUUGUUGGCUUGACACAGAGAGUUGCAGUCGUUCCCUUUCCUAUUCCAGAAAAUGGUGACAAUUACUUUGGGGCAAAAUCUUCAGUUGGUGCCCAAAGUAUGUCUAGAUUUCCGUCGGGCUCCAAUGUGAUAAGUGUGUCUGGACUGUCUUCUACCAAAAAAAAUCCUACAAAUGGGGAUCCUGUCACUUUCCAAUCUGCUCAAAGUCCAGAUUCCUGCGACGGCCAAAUUGACUCUACACCAACUCUUCUUAACACAAGAGCCGCAUCGCGGAUGGAAGAUGCAACAUUCAACAUUGAGGAGAUUGUCAACACAAAAUCGCCCGAAGCAUGUCUGAGCUUCCUCAAGAAUCUAGAGACGAUGGGAAACCCACAAACGGACACUGUUCUUAACAAAAUAAAGGACUGUUACUCAAAGAUAUUUGCCAAGAUGCCGAUCAGACAAUUCAGCAAAAGUCCAAGCUAUGCUAAAAUAUUGGUUCGAUAUGCAGAACUGAAAAGUAUUGAAGACCCAGAUGACGCACGAGACCAUUUCAUUGUUGCAAGAUCAAACUGUAAAGCUUUGGCUUUUGUGCACAUUGCUUAUGCUCAGUUUGAAGUUUCCCAAGGUAAUAUUAUGAAGGCAAGUUCUAUUCUUAACAAAGCUCUGGUGUUAAAUGCCAGACCAACUGAGCUUUUAGAUUUAGCACUUUGUAAUCUCAAAGGUGGACAACAGCAGCUGAUACCCAACAAGGACGAUCAGUUAAAGGACCGCCAAGAAAAUACUGUUUCUCAUGUGGCAAAAGAAAACAUACCUCCACAGCGAGUCCCAGUCAAUCGUAAAGUAGAACUGCCAACAAUUGCCACUAAGGACUCUGCUCCUGAGUGGAAAGUCCCUCAGGUGAUUCGGCAGGUGCCACCUGUGGAUGAACGGGAUAGUCCGCCUGACCCGAGGCUACAACCUGAGCCCCUGGCCUCAGUCCCCACUCCAUCUUUUCAGCCUACUCCCAGGUCUAACGUACAAAGUGUCUUUCAGACACCCAACAAUUAUAGAAAUCCUUUCCCAAAUAGCUGUAUUACCCCUGUUGUGAAGACGUCCACCAGAGAAUCUUCCUACGCAGCAUCAAAAAACACAGUCACAUCUAUGCAGCAGUCUACCCCACAAAACAAAGUCUGUUUCCAAACUCCACAGCCUUCAAUACCAACCAUAUCAAAUGACUCCAUUACUAUCAAGGGCAAACAAUUCUUCAUUCUAAAAAUAAUUGGCCGUGGUGGAUCGAGCAAGGUUUACCAGGUUCUUGAUCAAAAAAAGCAGUUGUUUGCUGUGAAAUAUGUGGACUUGGAAGACGCUGAUCCACAGACUGUGGAAAGUUACAAAAAUGAAAUUGAACACUUGAACCAAUUACAGCAAUACAGCGAUCAAAUUAUAAAACUUUAUGAUUAUGAAAUAACCAAUGGCUACAUCUACAUGCUGAUGGAGUGUGGAAACCUCGAUCUCAACACAUGGUUACGAAACCGAAAAUCUGUUAAUCCUUUGGAAAGAAAGUUCUACUGGAAGAACAUGCUGGAGGCCGUGCAAACAAUUCACAAACAUGGUAUUGUACACAGUGACUUGAAACCAGCUAAUUUUGUCAUUGUGAAUGGGUCAUUAAAGCUGAUUGACUUUGGAAUUGCCAACAAAAUCCAACCUGAUGUAACAAGCAUCAUGAAGGACUCCCAAGUAGGAACACUGAACUACAUGCCUCCUGAAGCCAUCAAGGACACUUCAUCUCAAGGGAAGGCCCGUUCAAAGAUCAGCCCUAAAGGAGAUGUGUGGUCACUUGGUUGCAUCCUGUAUUGUAUGACCUAUGGGAAGACACCGUUCCAAAGUAUCACUAAUCAGAUUGCAAAGCUGCAGGCCAUCAUCGAUACAUCUCAUAAGAUCGACUUUCCGGACAUAUCAGAGCACGACUUACUGGAUGUGUUAAAGAGGUGUUUGGUAAGAAAUCCCAGAGAGAGAAUUUCUAUUGCAGAACUCUUGGAGCAUCCUUACCUUCAAUUAAAGCCACAUGCUUCACCUGUGCCUGAGCGGCCAUGUAAUCCUGAUCUCCAGAAAAUCCUUACAGAUCUUUCAGCUCUGCAUUCUCCAAACAGCAUUGUCCGGGCUGCAAAUAAUCUUGCUCGAAUGUGCAGUAGUGGAAGAAAACUGGAUGUUGCAGAAUGUGCAAAGUCGUCAACCUGA